AGACUUGGACCCCCAGCGAGAAGCCUGCUCAGACCGUCACAGGAUCUGAGAAACAUCCCAGGAGCCCACAUUCCUGAGACAGUUACUCUGUGAAGCCCCCUCACCCACCUGCCACGUGCCAACAGGACCUGGGGAAAGGAUGGUGGGGACCAAGGCCUGGGUGUUCCCCUUCCUGGUCCUGGAAGCCACAUCUGUGCUGGGGAGGCAAAUGAUGCUCACCCAGGCAGUCAGAAGAGUCCAGCCUGGGAGGAAGACACCCGGUGUCUUUGCCAAGCCUGCUGAGCCCCUGGAGAGCCCUGGGGAAUGGACAACAUGGUUCAACAUCGACCACCCAGGCGGGAAAGGCGACUAUGAGCGACUGGAUGCCAUUCGCUUCUACUACGGGGAUCGGGUGUGUGCCCGGCCCCUGAGGCUGGAGGCUCGGACUACUGACUGGACACCUGCAGGCAGCACUGGCCAAGUGGUCCAUGGUAGUACUCGUGAGGGCUUCUGGUGCCUCAACAGGGAGCAGCAGCCCGGCCAGAACUGCUCCAAUUACACUGUGCGCUUCCUUUGCCCUCCAGGGUCCCUGCGCCAAGACACAGGACACAUCUGGAGUCCGUGGUCUCCCUGGAGCAAGUGCUCAGCUGCCUGCGGCCACACGGGGGUCCAGACCCGCACACGCACCUGCCUGGCAGAGACGGUGUCACUGUGCACAGAGGCUACUGAGGAGGGCCAGCUCUGCUUGGGCCAGACCUGUGCAGCCUGUGACCUGACCUGCCCCAUGGGCCAAGUGAAUGCUGACUGUGACUCCUGCAUGUGUCAGGACUUCCUGCUUCACGGGGUGGUCACCCUCCCUGGAGGUGGCCCAGCCUCGGGGGCCACUGUCUACCUGCUGACCAAGACGCCCAAGCUGCUGACCCAGACAGACAGGGGUGGCAGAUUCCGAAUCCCUGGCUUGUGCCCUGAUGGCAAAAGCAUCCUGAAGAUCACCAAGACCAAGUUUGCCCCCAUUGUACUCACAAUGCCCAAGACUAGCCUGAAGGCAGCCACUGUCAAUGCAGAGUUCACAAGGGCAGAAACUCCAUAUAUUGUGAUGAACCCUGAGACAAAGGCACGGAGAGCAGGGGAGAGUGUGUCCCUGUGCUGCAAGGCCACAGGGAAGCCCAGUCCAGACAAAUACUUUUGGUAUCACAAUGACUCAUUGCUGGACCCCUCGCUCUACAAGCACGAGAGCAAGUUGGUGCUGAGGAACCUGCAGCGGGACCAAGCUGGGGAAUACUUCUGCAAGGCACAGAGUGAUGCUGGGGCUGUGAAGUCUCAGACUGCCCAGCUGAUUGUCACAGCACCUGAUGAGACUCCUUGCAACCCAACCCCUGAGAGCUUCCUUAUCCGAUUGCCCCACGACUGCUUCCAGAAUGCCACCAACUCCUUCUACUAUGAUGUGGGCCACUGCCCUGUCAAGACCUGUGCAGGGCAACAAGAUAAAGGGAUCCGGUGCCGGGAUGCUGUGGAAAACUGCUGCGGCAUCUCCAAAACAGAGGAGCAGGAGAUCCAGUGCAGUGGCUACACGCUGCCCACCAAGGUGGCCACGGAGUGCAGCUGCCAGCGCUGCACGGAAACCCGGAGCAUCGUGCGGGGCCGUGUCAGUUCCGCUGACAAUGGAGAACCCCUGCGCUUUGGUCAUGUGUACAUGGGGGGCAGCCGAGUGAGCAUGACUGGCUACAAGGGCACGUUCACCCUCCACAUCCCCCACGACACGGAGAGGCUGGUGCUCACUUUUGUGGACAGGCUGCAGAAGUUUGUCAAUACCACCAAAGUGCUGCCCUUCAACAAGAAGGGGAGUGCCAUAUUCCAUGAAGUCAAGAUGCUACGACGUAAGGAGCCCAUCACUCUGGAGGCCAUGGAGACCAACGUUAUCCCCCUGGGGGAAGUGGCUGGCGAAGACCCUAUGGCUGAACUGGAAAUCCCAUCCAAGAGCUUCUACAGGCAGAAUGGGGAGCCCUACACAGGAAAAGUGAAAGCCAGUGUGACCUUCCUGGAUCCCCGGAAUAUUUCUACAGCCACGGCUGCCCAGAGCGACUUAAACUUCAUCAAUGAUGAGGGGGACACCUUCCCCCUUCGGACAUAUGGCAUGUUCUCUGUGGACUUCACAGAUGAGGUCACCUCAGAGCCACUAAAUGCUGGCAAGGUGAAAGUCCACCUUGACUCCACCCAGGUCAAGAUGCCAGAGCAUGUGCCCACAAUGAAGCUCUGGUCACUCAACCCAGACACAGGGCUGUGGGAGGAGGAGGGUGAUUUCAAAUUUGAAAGCCAAAGGAGGAACAAAAGAGAAGAGAGAACAUUUCUGGUGGGCAACAUGGAGAUCCGUGAGAGGAGGCUCUUCAACCUGGAUGUCCCUGAAAGCAGGAGGUGCUUUAUCAAGGUGAGAGCCUACCGGAGCGAGAGGUUCUUGCCCAGUGAGCAGAUCCAGGGGGUUGUGGUCUCUGUGAUCAACCUGGAGCCCAGAACUGGCUUCUCCUCCAACCCAAGGGCCUGGGGCCGCUUUGACAGUGUCAUUACGGGCCCCAAUGGGGCCUGCGUGCCGGCCUUCUGUGAUGACCAGUCCCCUGAUGCUUACUCUGCCUACGUCUUGGCAAGCCUGGCUGGAGAGGAACUACAAGCGGUAGAGUCUUCUCCUAAAUUCAACCCAAAUGCAAUUGGUGUUCCUCAGCCCUACCUCAACAAGCUUAAGUACCGUCGAACAGAUCAUGAGGAUCCACGGGUUAAGAAGACUGCUUUCCAGAUAAGCAUGGCCAAGCCAAGGCCCAACUCGGCUGAGGAGAGCAACGGACCUGUCUAUGCUUUUGAGAACCUCCGGGCAUGUGAAGAGGCCCCACCUAGUGCGGCCCACUUUCGGUUCUACCAGAUUGAGGGGGAUCGAUAUGACUAUAACACGGUCCUCUUCAAUGAGGAUGACCCCAUGAGCUGGACAGAGGACUACCUGGCAUGGUGGCCUAAGCCAAUGGAGUUCAGGGCCUGCUACAUCAAGGUGCGGAUCAUGGGCCCACAGGAGGUGAAUGUGCGAUCCCGCAACAUGGGAGGCACCCACCGGCAGACAGUGGGAAAGCUGUAUGGAAUCCGGGAUGUAAGGAGCACUCGGGAUAGGGAACAGCCCAACGUCUCAUCCGCCUGUCUAGAGUUCAAGUGCAGUGGGAUGCUCUAUGACCAGGACCGUGUGGACCGCACACUGGUGAAGGUCAUCCCUCAGGGCAGCUGCCGUCGGGCUAGUGUGAACCCCAUGCUGCAUGAGUACCUGGUCAACCACCUGCCCCUGGCAGUCAACAAUGACACCAGUGAAUACACCAUGCUGGCACCCCUGGACCCACUGGGCCACAACUAUGGCAUCUACACUGUCACUGAUCAGGACCCUCGUACAGCCAAAGAGAUCGCUCUGGGCCGGUGCUUUGACGGCACAUCUGACGGCUCCUCCAGGAUCAUGAAGAGUGAUGUGGGAGUUGCCCUUACCUUUAACUGUGUGGAGAGGCAGGUGGGCCGCCAGAGCGCUUUCCAGUACCUCCGAAGCACCCCAGCCCGACCCCCUGCAGCACGUACUGCCCAAGGAAGAGUGCCCCCAAGGAGGCAGCAGCGGGUGAGCAGGGCUGGCCAGCGCAGGAGCGGAGGUGUGGUCUCUCUGAGAUUUCCUGGAGUUGCUCAACAGCCUUUGAGCAACUAAGUCUUGUGGUACUUCACACUCUUUCCCCCCACCUCAUGUGACAGCCAUUGUGAGAUUGAUGCACACACUGUUACUUGGUUAAUUUAAGCACAUCUGUUUUGGUGCAAUUUGCUUGUUUGCUUUUUCAUGCCUUUACUUGCUAUAUUUGUCCCAUGAUACUGAUUGGUAUGUGGCUCUCCUUUAAAAGGAACACAAGAAACUGGCUGCUAGUAAAACUGUAGCUUCAACUGUUCUUCAUUUAGUGCCAUUAAUACAAACAUACUUCCUUUUCUUUUUGCAUGGUUUUGCCCACUUCUAAAAUAAUGAUAAUUUGAUGCUGAAGAUCUAAUAACCGAUAUAAAGCAUAUUUCUUGGUCUUGCUCCACAGGAUGUAAACAAGGCUCUGAUCAUACACACAAAUGAUGGUGAAAUAAAGAAACAAAAUAAACAUUUUUACUUGAAA